GCCCUGAAAACCUUCUCUCUGGACCUAGCCACAGCUGCCCUCACGAGCAAGGAGCCCACAGGCCUGUCCUUCUGACUGGGUGGACCCUGGGUGUGCAUUUGGUGUGUGAGCCAGCUCCGAGAGGGGAUAGAAAGACGCUGGAGGUGUCCAGGGAUCUCAGCCUACAGGCCAGCCUGGUCUCAAGCCUAAAGGGUGAUGUUGGACUCGGUGACACACAGCACCUUUCUUCCCAACACGUCCUUCUGCGACCCCCUCAUGUCGUGGACCGACCUGUUUGGCAAUGAAGAGUAUUACCCUGCCUUUGAGCAUCAGACAGCCUGUGACUCUUACUGGACAUCAGUCCACCCCGAGUACUGGACUAAGCGCCACGUGUGGGAAUGGCUACAGUUCUGCUGUGACCAGUACAAGCUGGACGCCAACUGCAUCUCCUUCUGCCACUUCAACAUCAGCGGCCCGCAACUGUGCAGCAUGACGCAGGAGGAGUUCAUCGAGGCAGCUGGCAUCUGCGGCGAGUACCUGUACUUCAUCCUCCAGAACAUCCGAACGCAAGGUUAUUCCUUUUUCAAUGACACUGAAGAGACCAAAGCCACCAUCAAAGACUAUGCUGAUUCCAACUGCUUGAAAACAAAUGGCAUCAAAAGUCAAGACUGCCACGGUCAUAGUCGAACAAGCCUCCAAAGUUCUCAUCUAUGGGAAUUUGUGCGAGACUUGCUUCUGUCUCCUGAAGAAAACUGUGGCAUCUUGGAAUGGGAAGAUAGGGAACAAGGUAUUUUUCGGGUGGUUAAAUCAGAAGCCCUGGCAAAGAUGUGGGGACAAAGGAAGAAAAAUGACAGGAUGACGUAUGAAAAGUUGAGCAGGGCUCUGAGAUACUACUAUAAAACAGGAAUCCUGGAGCGGGUUGACCGAAGGUUAGUGUAUAAAUUUGGAAAAAAUGCACAUGGUUGGCAAGAAGAUAAGCUGUGAUCUGUUCUGGGCACCGAGAGCAUUUUAUGGAUUAUUGUCUUUUCAUAAAUUGGAAUGCAAUUGACAUUGGAAAGUUUUUAUAAAAAAAAAAGCCUGCAAAUGUGCUGAUAAAAUUUCUCCACAUCUCAUCUCAGCAUACAUUUCGAUUCAGUCAUCUACUUGGGGGAGAUUUUAGGAACUCAUGAAAUCUUCUUCACUCCAAAGGGAGGAAGGGGUGGUCUCUUAUGGUAACUUGAUUAUUUUUCCCUAAUGAAGUGUUCAGAGCCACAGUAGCUAUCUGGUGCUGUCCAAAGGAUAGGAUCUAAUUCUCAUUAGAGGCAUGUCCAGUCCUCUGAUUUCCAAAGUUCAAAGGUUUUCAGGUAUUAACUGAGGCAGCUCAAAAAGAAAAACAGAAAUCAUGAUUAGUUUGUAGUUUAUAGUAAAAGAGGGUAAGAUGUAAGAUAUGUGUGCUUUAGAUUUUUAAAUCAUCACAGUUAAAUUCCAUAGAUGAGUUUCUUAAUAAGAGCUAAGCCAUUAAAUUGGGAUCAAAAUGAAUUUAGCCUAGGUUACUAUUAAGUUUCUUAACCAGAACGUCUUUUGGACCACUUAGCAAAAUUCCUAUUGCUUCUCAAGUUCCACUCUUACAAUUAGUCCCAUUAUGAAUUAUUACUGAUAUUUCCCUCCCCUAUUCCUCCUAACUGGUGGCUGGCAUUGAACAUGCAAAGAGCUGGUCAACAGACACUUGCCUCAAUUUCCAAAUCACUUCUGUUUCUUUGAUUCAAGCCAUCAAAACUAUAAAAAUCAGAACCCAUUGAUUCUGUCUGGGGUCAAGAUGUUAAAUCUUUCUAAAGCUGGAAAUGCCUCAACACCCUGUGAUGGCCAAUUAAAUGUGAGUCUCUUGUUUUGUCUUUUUGCCUGGUAUAUACUCAAGCUCAAAAACCUAUUUCCUUUACCAAAAUGGCAACAGUGAAUUAUACCAAUAAAUAUUCACAAGUUAGAGUCUGCACUGAUACUUUCUCAUCGGUUGCCGGUAUGUUACAACCUGAUGGACUGGCCCUGGAACUUGGA